GGCAGGAGGAAAACAGGUAUUCGGACCGCUCGGUUUGGGAGUUUUUAAGCCUCCUUUAGCUGAGUGCAUGAUCCGGAGCCAAGAGGAGGGAGAAGAAUCACCGCUGGUGUGUUUGUGCGGAGGACGGAAACAGGAAAAAGCAAAAGAGAAGCUAUAAUUACCUCCGGGGAGGGCCAGAGAGAACGACGCUCGGUCCGCGGGUUUAUCUGGAAACAUGGAAGGAUUGUGUUGAUGCUGUCGAACUUUUGUGUUUUACUUCAAAGGAGCGUGAACUUUAUUUGAAAAAAUAAAUAAAUAAACAAAUAAAGGUUUUGGAACCUUUGGAGCCAACAGCUCUUCCCAAUUAAAGUUCAGAUUAGACUACAGUGAUGGGGGACGUCGAUCUGGAGGAGCAGGAACCGUUUUCAGAGGAAAGAGAGGAGAAGCGACAGAGGACCAGAGCAACGCCAGCGGAUGGAACAGAGGAGUUGGGAUGUUGUGACAAAUUCCACAAUGCAAUCUCCAAAUGGAUGCUUCCAGAACACCAUCGCGAGACCUACCUGGAUCGUGCCAACUGUUUCCCACCACCCAUUUUCAUCAUCCUCAUCAGUAUGGCAGAGUUGGGAGUGUUUAUCUACUAUGCCGUAUGGAAGCCCCAGAAGCGGUGGAUAACCCUGGAGGAAGGCAUCUGGAGAAGCCCUCUCACCUACACUCCUGACAAAAGAGAAGAAGCGUGGCGCUUUAUUUCCUACAUGUUCGUCCACGCUGGUGUGGAACACAUUGUGGGUAACCUGCUGAUGCAGCUCCUACUGGGCAUCCCGUUGGAACUGGUCCACAAAGGCUUCGAAGUGGGAAUGGUUUACCUGUCUGGAGUCCUUGCAGGCUCUCUAGCCAGUUCCAUUUUUGAUCCUCUCAGUGCUUUGGUUGGUGCUUCUGGGGGCGUCUAUGCCCUGCUCGGAGGUUAUUUCAUGAAUGCAGUGGUGAAUUUUCGUGAGAUGAUUCCUCUUCUUGGAGUGUUUCGAAUCCUUGUCAUCGUACUUAUCGUUGGUGGAGAUUUUGGUUUCGCCUUCUACAGAAGAUUUGUGGCGCAUGAUGAAGUUUUAAAGGUAUCCUUCGUGGCUCACUUUGCAGGAAUUGUUGCCGGAAUGACCAUUGGUUACGUCUUCUUCAGCGCUUACAACCAGAAGCUGCUAAAAGACCCUCGUUUCUGGAUUUGUAUAGUGGGCUACAUACUCUUCUUUCUCUUUGCUGUGAUCUUCAAUGUGGUCUUCUCUCCGGCUCCGUAGAAUCGAUGGUGCUUUAAAAAACAUUUGUGUAAUUCAGGAAGCUGGAUUUUACUUGUUAACCGCUGAGUUGAGGUUUGUUUUUAUAUGUUAUAUUUUUUAUGGUUUUAGAUCUUAAAUUGUGGGGUUUGGGGGAAGGCUGUUCGUUUUGAUGUUUUGUAGCUUUAAACAUAGUUACACUUAAAAUUCAGAUGCAGCUUUUGUUGUAUUGUGGACUUUGUUUAAAACUUUUAGUAUUUUGUACAUUUUGUCUAAUUGCAUUUCCAAAAUGUUCAAGACAAGUGUGUGAAUUCCAGCUACAGGCUGUUGGUAAUACUGCUCAUUUCUUAUUCAGUGAAACCCCGUUAACGGGACACAGUGACUAACAGCCCACAAAUGCAACUGCUAUUUUAACUUCUAGGUCAUUUUAAAUAACUGAUUUUACUGCACAACAUCCCAUAACUGUAGGAAAUGUUUAAGCAUUUUUUGUUAAUGGCAUUAGCCAAUUUUUUUAUUUAGAAAAAAAGAAAAGUUUAAGAUGUUGAUCUAAUGUUACAAAGAAUGUUGCAACAAAAACCAAUCAAACCUUCGUAUGAAAUUGUUAACUGUUUUGUCAAAGAACAUUUCCAAAAACUAAAUAAAAUGAUUUUUUUUGUGAUUUUU